CUGAGCUCUCAGUAGUUACAGCAGAUCAAACCAUGUUCCAGAAUUGGGUAUUCUUUACGUUUAUGAUUGCUUACUCCUUAUUACGGACGACUGCUCAAGAAAUCUCCAGUGGAUACAUACCUACUACAAAUGAGUCAGCUGGGAUAAAUGUGCCACUUUUUAAUAUAGAUGAGGGACAAUCCGAUAUAUGGUUACUAACCAAAGAUUCACCAAUACCAGCUCGAUUAAAUAGAGCUUGGUCUCCUGAAACUGGCUAUCCUGGUGUUCAGCAUGUUUCCACAUUACGCAGAAGUAGUUAUGGACAAUUAGCACGAGGUCCUCAAAGUCCUGUUGAUGCUUUAGAAAAUCGAAAUGAAAAUACUCAAGGAAAUGAAGACUUAUUUGUAUAUGUUCCUGAUAGUAGAUUAGAAAAUAGUUACCAAAAUCCUGAGGCUGUUCUGGUACAACUUCCAGCUGAGUUAACCUCUGGAUUCUGGGAAAGCCCCCGACCUCAAUUUAUGGAACAAUUAACUGCCAAUGGAAGAAAAAUUGGUUCCGCACAUGGCCUAGAUUCAAUCCAAUUUGAUGAUGGCAAUAUUGACAACAGACGGCAGAUAACAUCAGAAGCUGUAUUGCCAACUACAGAAGCAUCGGAUCGUCUUCCUCUUUCAACUUUCGCAUCUCCGAAGGAAAAUUAUCCUGUAGAGCCAAUUCAAGAAUUUUCUCAACAUCCUUUCUUUAUUGCAUCUGAUGGUAUUACAAAUGGGACCGCUCCACCUAUUUCUGUAUCUCCAUCGAAUCAGCAAGAUGCUUGGCUUUCAACUCAAGGCCGAGAUGCAUUAACAUCUCCAAUAACAAUUCCCGGAAAUGGAAAGGAAUUAUUUUAUGAAGUUUCCUAUGAUGAACUUCCGUCUACAUCAAGUUCUGCCAGUUUCGGGUUAACUUUGACGAAAGAUGACAUUGAAAUUUUAGAAAAAUUGGGAAUACUUUCUGCUCUAAAUCUGGAAUCCUUUGAACUUCAGAACAAAACUGAUACUUUGGAAAAAAAUUCCCAAAAGGAACAGGAAACUCGCCCACACUUGAUAGAACAAGGCAAUCAGCAGCUUUCUGAGGGUUCUACUGGAAAAUAUGACACAAAUCUAACUGACGUGGUUUUUAUAGAAGUUCCAGAAUUUCUAACUUCCGAAUAUCAUGGAAAUAUUCCCGGAACAGAUGAAGAACAAGUUUCUGCAAGGCCUAUUCCAUUUAUUUUAUCCGAUUCAUUACUUUCAAAAGGAAAUGAAUCUGCAAUUAGUGAAAAUUCAACGGAGGCACAUGUGUAUAAUGCUUCUACGUUGACUUCUGAACAGAUAGCAGAGAUUUUCGAACUUCUUGGUAUUAGCUACGGAAGCAAUGAAAAUGACUCUUUAUCGCAACCAAUAAUAGUUAAGACAGAUAAAGCUACUUCUCCAGUACCUGAGACUGAAGAUGCAAAGAAAGACUUGAAAAUUCAAUUAACCACUGAAAAACCCGUGGUUAUAAGUUUUGGCAAUGAUAGCGAUAUUAAAACUUCAAUGUCAACUAGCAUUUCAAGAAGUUUCCUAGCAGUUCCCAGUAACUCAUCCUCAGAAAAGUCUAAAAACUCCCAAGGAUUGGUAAGCAGUGGAAGAAUUCAACCAAGAUUAUUAGACUCGAAUCGUUCAGCUAAAGAAAAUGAAGUUCUUCAAAUGAUUUCCCGAAGAAUGAGUCCUAUUUCUGCCCAGAAAUUAGAAAUUCUCAAAAAAUUGAAAAUAAAGCCAAGACCUUAUGUAUUUGGAUAUAAACAGGAUGAUGGAAAUGGUACGCAUCAACACAGGAAUGAAACUGCAGACGGAUCUGGAGUUGUAAAAGGUACUUACGGUUACAGAGAUGCUUUUGGUGUGUACAGAAAUGUGAACUAUAUUGCAGACAACAAUGGGUUUCAUGCUGUUGUAAGAACAAAUGAACCUGGCACUAUUUCAACAAGUACCGCUGAUGCAGUUUAUAAAUCUGAAUUACCACCUAAAGCUGCAGUUGCUCAGAUGAUGGCUUAUGCGAAGGCUAAAGCGAAGAAAGUCAAUAGUUCUUAAUAAUUUUUAAAAUCAUUUCAACAUUAGUGACUUAAAGCCAAAGAGGUCGAAUAUUUAUCAGCUUUAUUGCCUGGAAAUAAAACAUUUUCAAAAUUAUUUGGGAGGCUGAUAUCAUUAAUUAAUUGAGUGAGUAUACCACAAGUAAAAUUUGUU